UCCUCCCUUCCUUCCUACCUACCAAAUCCUUCCUUCCUUCCUUCCUAAUCCUCCCAUCCAUCCCCAUCCCCAUCCCCAUCCAAAGCUAGCUAGGGUUCCGCCCUCCCAUCCCCAUCCCCAUCCCCGCAGCCGUCGCCUCCUCUUCUCUUCUCUCCCCGCCGCCGGCCAACGAGAUCCAGCCAGCGAGCGAGAUCCGACCGACCGACCGACGCCUGCAGGCAGAGGCAGAUCGAGAUCGACGCCUCCGCCGCCUGGUUCAGCCACGAGACCGCGACAUGUCGCACUCCAACCAAGUAAGGUACACCGCGCGUUCCAUCACUCCCCCCGCCGACAGGGACAGCGGUUCCAAGUCACCCCCACCCAGGAGGCGCGCAGCUUCCAAGUCGCCUCCCCUGCCCCCUCCCCCCCCUUUUCCUCCCAAGGGGGUGCGCACCAUCUCGAGGUCGCCACCACCUACUAGUACAAGACGCAGCGUCUCGAGGUCCCCUCCGCCAAAGAGGCGUGGCAGGUCCAGGUCAAGGUCCAGGUCCAGGAACAGGAGCCGCUCCAGGAGCAGAGAUAAAGACGAUGUGAGGAAUCCUGGCAACAACCUCUAUGUCACUGGACUGUCCACACGGACGCAAGAAACUGACCUCGAGAAGUUCUUCAGUAAAGAGGGCAAGGUUAAAGACUGCCGUGUCGUUAUAGAUCCUCGUACGAAAGAAUCACGUGGCUUUGCGUUCGUCACCAUGGAGAAUGUUGAGGAUGCAAGGCGCUGCAUCAAGUACCUGCACCGUACUGUCCUUGAAGGCCGCCUCAUCAGUGUGGCAAAGGCAAAGAGAACUCGUGAGAGGACCCCUACCCCUGGAGAAUACUGUGGUCCGAGAGGCGGGCGCUCCCGAGUGGAACCGCGGAGGAGCCGUUCUCCACGCCGUUCCAGCAGGUCGUCAAGGGACCGCUCGAGGUCGCCCUCCACAAGGAGGGAUAGAGACAGGGACAGGAAGCGCGACUGAAUGAAACAAGAAGAAAAUGAUGAUGCUAAAGUAUGAAUUGUGUCUUGGAUUGUAGUAUGGUUGCUGAAUGAAUGAAUGUUUGAUGAAGGACUGUAGUAUUUCUGCUGGAGGCUUUAGAUAAAGCUCAUCUGUCUGUCUGUCUGUUUUAUCAAUCAGAGGAUUUCCCUAACAUUUCUUUUUAGCUUCUGUGUCAUCUAUAUGCGGUGAAGGCGUAUUUAUUUCGUGUUUUUAUGGAUUCUCGCUAUCGAAACGUCUAUUUGGUUGUAUGAGCUACUUGUAUUGGCUGGAUGCUAACAAUAUUAUUAUUAUGUCUGCCCACAAA